AUGAAAUGGUCAGCGAAUCAGUUGUUACGAAAGACGGGAGACUAUAUCUAUGGGGUGCACAUAGACCAAGAUCACUUCUUUAAUUAUGGGGAUUCUUAUCCGCGAGAAAUAUACGAUCCCUCUGUUGUUCUUGAAUACGGAAAGUUUGAAGGCAUUGCACCAAAAGCUCCCCAACCUAUUGAGUCGUGGUUUCCAGACCUUCAGUUGAUUACAUUGCGAACAAAUGAAGGAUCACCUAAAGGCUUAUUUUUGGGGGCAAAAGCUGGAGCUAAUUAUGACACUCAACACAACCACAACGAUGUGGGAAGUUUUGUUGUUUAUGUGGACGGUUUGCCCGCCUUGAUAGACAUAGGAGUGGGCACCUACACCAUUAAUACUUUCAGUAAAGAUCGAUAUAGUAUUUGGACAUUUCAGUCUCAAUGGCAUAAUAGUCCAACCAUUAAUGGUAUUCAACAAGAGUGCGGACCUCAAUAUAAGGCACAGUACGCCAAAUAUACGAAAUUAGAAAACGGGGGACAAUUUGAGGCAGACAUCGCUGGCGCUUAUCCUACAGAAGCACAAGUGAAGAGUUGG